AGAUGGUGAGAUCUCCCAACUAUUUUCUAAGAAAGCACCGAAAAUGGCCGCAGAUUUCCUCUUCCAAAUCCAAAUGGCACCAAAAUUUCACCCAACACCAAUCCGUGCUUUCCUUCAAAAAACUCGUAGCUCAAACUCACCCUCUCCAACCUAACUUCAUCCCCUCUCUCUUAACCUCUCUUAGCCUCCACAACCUUCACCACUCCCCUCAAGCCUAUCAUUUCCUCAUCAAAACUUUUUUCCACAAUCGCCAUUUCAACCACAUCCACACUCUGCUCCAUCACCUUCAACUCCAACACUUUAAAACACCCGAGUAUAUUUUCACCCACCUCAUCGAAUCCUAUGGUCAAGCUAACAGAAUCCAUGAUGCGGUUGAUGUUUUCUACUCAAUCCCCAAGUUCCGGUGCGUCCCUUCAGCCCAUUCUCUCAAUUCUUUACUUACAGUUCUUUGUAGAACCCAACGUGGCCUUGAGCUGCUCCCUGGGGUACUCUUAAACAGUCUGAAUAUGAACAUAAGACUCGAAGAAUCUACUUUCCGUUUGCUAGUUUACGCUCUUUGUAGAAUGAACAAGGUUGGUUAUGCUCUAGGGAUUCUACAACGUAUGAUAGACGAUGGCCUUGGUGUUUGUGAUAAAGUUUUCUCUUUUGUACUGUCAUCGAUUUGUGCUCAGGGGGAUUUGGAUGGUGAAGACGUUAUGGGGUUUUGGAGAGAAUCGAGAAAGCUUGGGUUUUCUCCUGCUAUGGGUGACUAUAAUAGCUUGAUUAGGUUUUUCGUCAAAAAAAGGAGAGGCUUUGAUGCUUGUGAUGUUUUAAAUCAAAUGAAAUCCGAUGAUAAGCCGGGGGUUGUUUCUUACACUAUGGUAUUGAGUGGGGUAAUUGCUGAAGGUGAUUACAUUUUGGCAGAUGAACUGUUCGAUGAAAUGCUUAUGUUGGGUUUGGUUCCGAAUGUUUAUACUUAUAACGCCUAUAUUGGGGCUUUAUGCAAGCAAAGCAAAGUUGAAGAGGGCAUCAAGAUGCUAGCCUGCAUGGAGGAGUUAGGGUGCAAACCUAAUGUUGUCACUUAUAAUACAUUGUUGGGGACAAUUUGUAUAGGAGAUAUAAGUAGAGCUAGGGAGCUUGUUAGAGAGAUGAAAUAUAAGGGCAUUGAAAUGAAUUCAGUUUCGUAUAUGAUAAUAAUUGAUGGUUUGAUAAGUAAAGGUGAAAUUCUUGAAGCAUUUGUUUUGGUGGAGGAAGUGUUGCACAAGUGCCAUUUCCACGAGGGUUUGACAUUUGAUGAGGUAAUCUGUGGUCUAUGCCAAAGAGGGUUAGUUUGCAAGGCACUCGAAUUCGUCGGGAAAAUGGUUGUCAAGAAUAUUUCUCCCGGUGCUAGAGCUUGGGAAGCACUUCUCCUUAUUGAAGCUAGACUCAAAAUUUUCCAUACCACUUUGAUUGAUCUUGCUAGUAAUUAGAGAGGUCUACAAACCUUGUGUCACAGGAUCUGAAGACCAUUUCUACACUUUUAUUCCUUAAAGUAGGGUGUGUGAGAAAGACUUGCUUGGACUUCAAGUAGAUUGGGAAUAUUUUUGAAAGGC